GACGUGGUUUAAAAAGAUAAUCCCAGUGAACUUUUGUGAAUAGUAUAAAUUAUUGUUAAAUAGUUGUAACAAACAUGACGCCAAUUAGCUUAUUACUGUGCUGCCUAGUUGCGCUUACACUCAGCCAAGCUCAAGCCUACAGUUUCACCUCACAGGAGGUCAAAUGCCAUGUCUGCAAAGCUACAGUACAAGAGUUGGAGGAGGCUAUCGCCAAAGUGGAUGCUAAUAAAAUGGCUGAUGUGAGUGGAUUCCGGCUGGAUGCCCAGGGCAACUCCAUUAGCAAGCGCGUGCGUUUGAUCAAAUCCGAAAUGUUCCUCACAGAGCUCAUGGAAAAGAUUUGCGAAAAGAUGGAUGAUUAUUUAAAAGCCACGUACAAGACCAAUGGCAAAUUCACAUUGCUCAAGAUGAUAGUUGAUGGCAAAAUGAAUCCAGAGUCGUCGCUGGUUGACUUCGUACAGGAUGGCGAUUUGAACAAAAGUCUUGGACAUUUUUGCCUAGAAGUGCUGGAGGACAAUGAGGAGGUUUUCCUAAAAGCGUUCCAGUCUGAAGAGCUGGGCACAGACUUAGAUAUACAGAUUUGCUCACAGCAAGCCAAGUACUGCGAUGAGGCGCCAGUGCAGGAAGAAUAUGACUUUGGCGGCAAGGAAGAGCUGUGAUUCUUAGCCAAUUAACAUUAACCACUAACGAAUUUUUCUGAUCAUCAGCGUCGACUGUCUCGACGUAAUUUUAUACUAAAUUUUAAGCUACAUGUAAUGUAGCAAUGUUGUAAUGACAAUAAAACAAAACAAA